AUGGGGAUGCUGGUGUUUGUGCUAGGCAGCCUAAAAUGGGCGUUGCUUUGCUUCGUCCUCGUGCUGGGGGUCGGCAAAGCGAUCGCGCGAGUGGCCAGCUGGGUCGCCAACAACGCCUGCCAAGUGUGGCUGCGACGAAGGCCGGUCAGCUUCUCUAUUGCCGGCGCUAGCUAUAAGCUUAGCGCCUGCCAGCUGGGUGUGGUAGAGGUCGACCUGUUCUCGGAUUGGCUGCGAUCGCGGGGGCGAUUGCCAUGCCUUGGGGUGGUCUUGGCAAGUCUGAACUUGCGAGUGGAGGCGUCGUUUCCUGAGGAGCACCAUGACGGCGAUGCAGCCGCCGUCAGAAAGGCCGAGGUUCGACCCACUGGCCCCACGCCCGCCUCGGCCUCAUCCCCAGCUGCCUCGGAGCUCAAGAUCCUGCUCGCGUCGCUCUUGUGGGAGAAGCUGGCGACUUGGGUUCUCAGCCAGUGUGGUGUUACCGUGUUUGGGAUCAGGGUGGUGCUGGACUGCCCAGAAAAUUCGGCGGGGGUGGCCGACUGUCGCACGGGGCGGGGGGCAUGGGGCGGGGGGAGGGGUGUAUCGACGGAGCUCUUCGUGUCGUGUGUGGAGGCGUUUGCGAAGCCGUUGGAGCGGGGCGGAGGGGGGACCAGGCUUGCGCUCCGGAUAGAGCAGGCGCGUGGAUUCGAUACUCUCUGUUUGCAAUGUGCACAUAUGUGUUUUGUUUCCUGCCAUCUGGUGUCAGCCGUGCGCGUCAUCUCCACCUCGCUGCGAGGCGUUAUCCGCGAGGGGGACAUCAGGGCUUUCGACUCGUGGAGAGGAAUUUUUGUUGCACCCGAGCGGAAAAGUUGCGGCGCUGCUGAUCCUCCCGGUGGAGACGGGUUCGGGCGCCCCGCGACGGGCCGUGACGCCGGGGGUGACGCCGGUGAGGAGAGAAAUGCCGCCGGGGGUAGCGUCGGAACCGCAGCGGACAAAGAAAUUUUGCCGCCUUGGUCGUUCCUGUCGCCGACGUUGUCGUUGGAGGCUUCGUUGGAGGGUUUGCGUUUAGAGGUGGUCGGGGACGAGGAAGCAGGUUGCGUCGGCACCGCAGACGGCAGGGAGGAGGGCGGGCGUGAUGGCCUUGUUCCCGAGGCGGUAAGGGGGCUCGGCGGACAGGAACUCGGCGCGAGCGACGAAGAGGGGGACUCGGGGUCGUUGUCACGGCCGCACGAGGCGGCGGGAUUAACAGUCGGAGAUCAUGGCCGGGACGAUGAUGCACACGUGCAGCGACGGAAGGGCCGUCUGCAGCGGGGAAAGGCGGAUGCUCCUAGCGUCGUCGCGGAGGUGAAGGGGCUCCGUGUGGGUGUGGACAACGCGGGGGUGGUCGGCGACGACAAUCGCACUGUGGGCACGAGAAAGGCAAGCCUGAUUAGCGUGGCAGUAAAAUGGUCGAGCGUUGCACUGUUGACCGGCGGCGGAGGUAGCGACGGCGGCGGCCAAGACGACGAUGUCGGGGGUGGAGGUCACUCGCGUUCUUCCUCAACUUCUCAGUCGCAAGGGGGGGUGUCGAUGUCUUCGUCUCCGGACAGCGAUGCUGCUGAGCGGUUGCGAGCGUUCUCAGGGGCUUCAUGGAAGGGCGGAUUGGACACGGCGGCCGUCGGGGUGAAGCGGAAGUGCCUGCCGAUUCACCUCGGGAAGCUUGCGUUGAGUGCGGAGGCGGGAAUUCAGGGCGCCGCAAGGGCAGCGGAGAUCGUAGCCUCCGGCCGGCUUGCUUUCGGCCGCUUCACCCUGUCCCGUGAUGGGCUGCUUGUGUUGCUUUGGGCGGCGAAGCUGGUGCCAGCUUUCACGCGACCACCACCACAACCGCUCACAUCGGAAGAGACCCACCGGAUCUUCGACCGUACCCCGCAAGCUCGGUCACGAGGGAGAGCCCGGCUAGGCGCCGCUCGAUCGCGUUCGGCUGCCGAGGUCGUCGGGUCGCGCUCACCCGAAGACGGCCGCGGCGGCGUCGGAAAGACGACGGAGGCGUUCUCCUCCCCCUCGCCGCGCCAAAUUUCGCGGCGGGCGCCACCCUCUCGGCUGCCGUCGCCCCCUCCGCCGAUCGCACAGCGGUGCUCGGCAUCCGUCGUUGGACCGCCGCCGCCGCCGCAAGUUCGGGUCUCGUACGUGCUCGACUUCGAGGUCGACCACGCCGCCGUCGUGCUAGUCGGGGGCGGCGGGGACGACGACUCGCGAGCACAACGCCCUGCCGACGGGGAGAGCGGUACCAAGGCGCACGCUCCAGCCGCUGCCGCCGCCGCUGCGGGGACGCCAUCCGGGGGCGGAAUCCGAACCUCUGGUUCCCCCGGGGGCUCCCGUUCGGUCGCGUCGGCGGCGGCAGAUCCCCCCCCCGGCAGCGACGGCUCGGACGCCGGGGAAGCUGGUGUCGGGACGGCGGCGGCGGCGACGAUCAUUCGAUUGGCUGUCCCUCGCGUCGGGAUACGUGCUUGCUCGACAGCAGUAGCGUUGGCCGCAGCUCCGCCAAGUAGUCGGGAAGUAGUCGGCACCUGGGGCGGGGCGUCGGUGACCGUGUCCGCGGAGUCGUUGGAGGGCCACUUCGAGGUGGAGGAACCGGGGACGAUGGUACCGCCGCCGCCGCCGCCGGGACCUUCGGGACAGGAGCCGUAUGACUCGACGGCGGGUAAGACCAAGAGGCGUGAUGCCGUGUUGCCGGAGGAGGCGGCGGCGGAGGUGGCAACGCCACGGCGAGAAAGUCAUCGCUUGCGCUGGCUAGCGAUCCGCAAAGCCACGUUCGUCACGGGUGGGUCGCGGAGCGGUGGUGGCGAGAGCGUCCUGUCGGGGGGGCGCCGCGAUAGUAGCGGGCGUAGUGGGGUACCCGUUCCGCCGCUUGCGGUGGCGGCGGCGGCGGCGGCGGCAGGAGAGGAUGGUCUGGCAGUGGAGGGCGUGUGGGCAGAGUGGAGUCCUGCGCUGUUUUUCCUGGCGGGACAAUCUGGCGCCAUGUCUGUUCACCUGUCGUGCACCGAAACCCACGAAAAGCUGUCGCAUGGUGGUCCGUACUGUGACCCUGUUUCCCCUUUUUUCGGAUCUUUUUUUCCCGCCUACCUGCUCGUCGUGAAGAUUGUCUCGUCCCUCAAGGCCGCAGGUUUUCUCUCAGCCCCCGCCUUUAGGUCAGGCCUCGGCUACGACCCGCUGCAGCACUGGUCGCCGCCCCGGCCCGCCGGCAUGCCAUCCCCUGACGCAAACGAGCCGGUGGUGGCAGACGCGGCGGCGAGGAGGGGGCCACCGCGAGGUUUCCCCGGCGACGCUCUCAGGCUCCCCGCCAUCGGCGCGACCUCCCGCGCCGCCGCCUGCUUCGCGAACAGAGUGUUCUCGUGCGGCGACAUGCCGCCGGCCGUGAUCGACCUGCUGUGGCGACCCUCCGAAGAACGGGCGGGACACGCCGGCCGUGGCGGCGGCGGUGGCGGUAGUGCUGCAGGCGACACGAGCGGUGAAGCAAGGCCCAGCGGCAGCGGCGGCGGCGGCGGCGGCGGUGGCGGCAGGGUUGGCGCGGCCGGGGGUAGCAGGGGAAAGGUGAAGAUCCCUAAGGCCUUCACGGCGUCUGUUCGAGACGUGCGGGUGGAGUUCCCGUACCAGGCCGGCGUUUGUCCGGGGGACAUGGAGUACGGGGACGUCGUCCGGUGGCUGCGGCGCUUCCGCUGCUGCUCCACCACGGACUGGUUUGGCGGGGGGGUCCCUGACGCAGAGCCUCCUCGGGGAGAGGUCGGGUUUAGUGGUGGGUGGGGUGAGAAAGUGCGGAGGGAUGAUGACAAGCCGCUGCCGCCUCGCCGGUGCCACAGCCUUCCGGCGUCCGCGGCCUCCUCCGGCGGCGAUGCCGGCAGCUCCCACCUCCCGCUCAGAGAUAACCUAGCCUGGUCAUGCCAGUACGUUGAAGCGCGAGAGUUUGACAUGAGCGUGGCGGUGUCGGGCGGCGGCGGCGGCGGCGGCGGUAGCGGCGUCCUACCUAACCUAAACUGCGCCAUCUCGGGGGUGUCGGUGUCAACCGCCGGGUACGCUCGCGGCGGCGGUGUCGGCGACGGCCGGGGGGGUGGUGUCCGCCGUACAAGCUCCUUGCUGGAGGCGGCCAAGAGGUCGACGUCAUCGCCGACCCCUACUCCGGGCGGAGCGUUGCCACCCUUCGAGGCAGCCAAGGCGCGGCAGGUCGACGACGGAACCGGGGCUACGGCCGCCGAGUGGGGGGGUGGGGGUAACCUAUCCCCCGGAGACCCUGGUCGGCGGGGGGGGCUGGGGCGCCAGUCCUCGUCUGCCCGCUUUGCAGUCGCCUUGGGCGGCACGAGGCACUGCCCAAACACUCGAAAAAGGUUCUUGCGGGUGUCGAAGUUUGCGGUGCUACAGAUGUUCUCGUCAGACAGGCAGGCGGGCGGUGGGUCAGCCUCGCGUGUUGUGGACAUUCUGGCCGAGGGAGUGGACGGCCACUGGACACCCUCCAUCCACCUCAAGAUCAUCAAGCCCGUCCGCGAGGUGACCCUGAGCAUCUGGAAGGCCAUGCUCCAUCUCCGUAGGGCGUGGCUCGCGCAACCUUCGCUGUCCCGCGGGGGAAGCGGCGACAACGCCUCCUCGGUCGUGGGCGGGGACCGUUGUCCGCCUUGGGACGACCCUGCGGCGCUGGAGUACUGGGUGCGGGCGUGGGCGGCGGGAGGUCCGUCGGGUCCCGCUGGGGACACCCUACACAGGUUACACGCCCGUAACGUUUUGCUUAAGGCGCUGUGGCCGGUCCAACCACAAUCGCCUACGGCUCACGAGCACGCCACGGCAUCACCCUCUGCCGCACCGGGCGCCGCCGCCGCCGCCGCAGCAGCAGCAGCAGCAGCAGCAGCAGCAGCAGCAGCCAAGAAGAAGGUUCCCGGAACAAUCUUCCCGCACGCGGAGGAAUACGGCGUGCGGAUGAGCAUCGGCGUCGAUGAGUUCCUCAGCGAGUCUGUGGGGGAGCACUUCAACGGAUGUGUUGAAGUCUCCGCACCCUGCCUCCCGUUGCUACGCCGAUCAAGGUUCCUGCGUACCGCGGUCGACCUCGACGACGACCGUUUGGCGUCAAUCUCGACCUUCAGCAUCUCUCGGACCCUGGGAGACACGUGCAUCUCCCCUACCGCCGCACGCCCUGGUUCCACCGAAGAAGCAUCGCGGGAUGACACCGGGGGAGCUCCCGGCGGUGCCGGUCCCGCAGCAGCCACGGCACCCGGCUUGCGAGGGGAGGAAGGGGCAACCAAGCACGAGGUCCCGUCCUUCUACCCUCCCACGGAGCCGUCCGAGCGGCGGAUCGUCGGGGCUUGCUUCCACGAGCUCAAGGCUCGCGUGAUGGCCGUGGCCGCCGCUGCCGCCGCCGCCGCCGCCGCCGGUGGCGCUGCUGCUGCUACGUCGGCGGGAGAGGGCGGCUGCACGAACCAGACGCCCCCGCCAAGCGGCGGCGGUGACGGGGCGAGUGCAGGCGAUGCCAGUGGCGGUGACAGCUGGUCCGGUGAGUCGUCCUCCGGCACAGCGGCUGGCGGUGGUACCCCUACGCGGAGAAGCCCCGUUUGCGAAGAAGGCCGCACCGCUUCUGUGAGCACAAGCAGCGGCCAAAGCUCCGCCGGCGCGGGGGGUCAAUUCGCCGGAAGCCGCGACCCGCCUGGCGGCGGAAGGAACAACAGAGGAGCCAUGUCGAGGACGACGAGAGCGUUGGAGCCGUGGCUGCUGCCGCUCGUGACGAGGCCUGCGGGAUUUCUGGUGGAGGUUGAGGGGGCUGUGGUGAGGGCCGGGCACCGCCGGGCGCUGGGGAAGCGGCUCGAUUCCCUUGCGCUGCAGACUAAGGCGCUCGCGGUUGCGCUGUCGGAGAUGCCCGGCAGGGCGUGGGGGGUCCACGUCUGGCUCCGCGCCCGGGGGGUAGCCUUUGAGAUCGCGGACGAGCCCCUAGAGGCGUGGUUCGAGGCCAUGCACCCCGUCUGGUCGAGGCAGCUUGCGGCUCGGGUGUUCCGCAGGGCGCUCCUGUUGCGGAGGCGCACGGCCGGCAGCCGCAGCAGUCGGAACGGUAGCAGGGCGGCGGGCGCGGGAGAAGACGAGGGUGCUGAUGAUGCGGAGGUGGCGGCGGCGGCGGCGGCGGCGGAAGCAGCGGCGGUUGAACGGGAAGGGGACGAGGAGGACGCAAGGUGCUCCAACAUCCUGACGAGCCUGCGCCAGUUCGACCAGCCCCUCUUCUCGUGCGAACGGGUUUCCGCCGGGGGCGUUGCCAUGGUGGCUUGCGCCAGAGCGCCCCCCCACAGCGGCGGUAGCCUCGCGGGCGUGAAGGUCGUGGUCAUCGACGAGAAGGAAGCGGCAGCCGGCAACGCUGCCGCAGCAGCGGCGACCCACGGGAGGCAGCACCCGGCGCCGCGCGAAGUGGCAGGGGAGGGCGGGAGGGGGAAAGUGGCGGUGGUGACUCGUGACCUUCCUCCUAAGGUUGCAUAA